GCCAGCGAGGCGGCCCUGCUGGGCGCGCUGGGCGCCGCCGUGGCGGCAGCAGACCCCGACAUCCUGCUGGGCUACGAGGUGCAGCGGGCCAGCCUGGGGUACGCCGCGGAGCGAGCCGCCGCGCUGGGCCUGCCCAGCCUGCUGAGGGCGCUGUCGCGCCUGCCCAGGGAGGGUGUGGGGGGCGGCGGUUCUGACAACCCCGCCGACGAGUACGCCUGGCAGACGUCCAGCGGGCUCUACUGCUCGGGUCGCAUCGUGCUCAACGUGUGGCGCCUCAUGAAAGACGAGCUCAAGCUGACCAGCUACAGCUUCGAGUCGUGCGCCGCGGCGGUGCUGCAGCUGCGCGUGCCGCAUGUGCCGCAGGCGCAGCUGCACGCCUGGUUUGCGGGCGGGCCCGGCGCCGCGCGGUGGCGGUGCCUGGCCUACUGGGCCCGCCGCGCCCGCCUCAACCUGGCGCUGCUGGACCAGCUGGACCUGGUGGGGCGCACAGGGGAGAUGGCGCGCACCUUUGGAAUAGACUUCUUCUCGGUGCUGUCGCGCGGCAGCCAGUACCGGGUGGAGGCGAUGAUGGCGCGGCUGGCCCACACCCAGAACUACCUGCUGGUGCACGCGGGGCGGGAGCAGGUGGCGCGGCAGGCGGCCAUGGAGGCGAUACCGCUGGUCAUGGAGCCGCGGUCGCGCCUCUACACAGACCCGCUGGUGGUGCUGGACUUCCAGUCCCUCUACCCCUCCAUGAUCAUCGCCUACAACCUCUGCUUCUCCACCUGCCUGGGGCGCCCUGCACACGCGGCCGCCGGCGACGACCCGCCCCCAAAGCUGGGCGCCGUCGAGUAUGGCCUGCCCGCGGGCAGCCUGGCAGGCAGCCUGGCGCCGGAGCGGCUGGUGGUGGCGCCAAACGGGGUGGCGUUUGUGCCGCGCGAGGCGCGGCCGGGGGUGCUGCCGCGGCUGCUGUCCGAGAUCCUGAACACACGCAUCAUGGUCAAGGGCGCCAUGAAGCGCUCCCCCAAGUCCGCCAAGGUGCUGCUGCGCUGCCUGAAUGCGCGCCAGUUUGGGCUGAAGCUCAUCGCAAACGUGACGUACGGCUACACGGCGGCGGGGUUCUCGGGGCGCAUGCCCAUGGCUGAGCUGGCGGACGCCAUCGUGCAGUCGGGGCGGGAGACGCUGGAGAGCGCCAUUCGGCAGGUGGAGGGGCAUCCAGAGUGGCGGGCGCAGGUGGUGUACGGGGACACAGACAGCAUGUUUGUGCUGCUGCCGGGGCGGUCAAGGGGCGAUGCCUUCCGCAUAGGGGCCGAGAUCGCGGCAGCCGUCACAGCCGCCAAUCCGUCGCCCGUUGCACUCAAGAUGGAAAAGGUGUAUGAUCCCUGCGUGCUGCUCAGCAAGAAGAGAUACGUUGGUUUUGCGUACGAGUCGCCCACGCAGGCGGUGCCCGUGUUUGACGCCAAGGGCAUAGAGACGGUGCGGCGCGACCAGUGCCCCGCCGCCGCCAAGAUGACAGAGGCGGUGCUGCGCCUGCUGUUCACAACCAAGGACCUGUCGCAGGUCAAGGAGUACUGCGUGCGGCAGUGGAGCAAGAUCCUGGCGGGGCGGGUCAGCGUGGCAGACUUUGUGUUUGCCAAGGAGCCUCCCACCUGGCCUCCCACCUGGCCUCCCACCUGGCCUCCCACCUGGGCCCUCCCUUGCACCCUCCACACCUUCGUGCCCCGCAGGGCGGAGCCCCGCUUCGGCGAGCGCGUGCCGUACGUGGUUGUGUUUGGCGAGCCCGGGGCGCGGCUUGUGGACAUGGUGGCGCCGCCGCGUGCGCUGGUGGAGGGCGGCGGCCGCCUGCGCCUGCACGCCCUCUACUACAUCACCAAGGCCAUCCUGCCCGCGCUGGACAGGGUGCUGUCGCUGGUGGGGGCGGACUGCAAGGUGGGGGUGGGGUGGUGGGGUGGGGGUGGUAUGUGUGUGUGUGUGUCAUGCCUCUUGGCCUCAUGCCUCCUCCCCUCCCCCCACACGCAAAGCAGGUACUACCUGUCCCGCCACUGCGCCGUGUGCGACGGCCUCACCCACGCCACCAAGCCGCUGUGCGACUGCUGCACCGCGCAGCCGCAGCUGGCGGCGGCGGUGCUUUCCUCCCGAUGGAACCGCCUGGAGCGGCAGUACGCCCAACUCGUGCGCCUCUGCCUGCACUGCGGCGGCGGCGGCGGCAGGCAGGUG